CCCAAGUGCUGAGGGCUGGAGGCUCCAGAUCAGGGGGGCAGGAUCCGGCGCCGGGUUUUGCAGUAGCUUCACAGGAGGACUGGAGGCCCCAAGUCAGGGGGACCUGAUCCAGCGCCGGGUUUUGCAGUAGCCGCACGGGAGGGCUGGAGGCCCCAAGUCAGGGGGACAGAAUCCGGCGCCGGGUUUUGCAGUAGCCGCACGGGACGGCUGGAGGCGCCGAGUCAGGGAGGCGGGAUCCGGCGCCGGGUUUUGCUGCGGGCGGGGCCUGGCUCGGGAUCGGGAAGUUGCUGAAGUUGGCGAGUGAGUGUCCGGGCCCCGCGUCGGCUCCGGCUUCUUGUUGCCCGGCCGGUGCAUGAUGGAAGCAGCAUGGCCUCCCAUCUCUCCCUGACCCAGCUAUCCAGUGCAAAUCCUGUGUAUGAGAAGUAUUAUCGACAGGUUGAUUCUGGCAACACUGGAAGAGUGGUGGCUUCUGAUGCUGCUGCUUUCUUGAAAAAAUCUGGGCUGACAGACUUAGUACUUGGAAAGAUUUGGGAUUUAGCAGAUACGGAUGGCAAAGGUAUCCUGAACAAACAGGAAUUUUUUGUGGCUUUGCGACUGGUGGCCUGUGCACAGAAUGGAUUGGAUGUUUCCCUGAGUAGUCUUAAUUCGCCAGUUCCUCCACCUAGAUUUACUGAUGCCAGUAGCCCAAUACUAAUCAGUGGAACAGCAUCAGCCGACAUCCCAUGGGCUGUUAAGGUGGAAGAAAAGGCCAAAUAUGAUGCUAUCUUUGACAGUCUGAGUCCUGUGAAUGGAUUGUUGUCAGGGGAUAAGGUGAAACCUGUACUGCUAAACUCCAAACUGCCAGUGGAUGUCCUAGGAAGAGUUUGGGAAUUAAGUGACAUUGACCAUGAUGGAAUGUUGGAUCGAGAUGAAUUUGCAGUUGCCAUGUUCUUGGUGUACUGUGCUUUGGAAAAGGAACCAGUGCCAAUGUCCUUGCCUUCAGCUUUGGUGCCACCUUCCAAGAGAAAAACUGUCAGUAUUCCAGGAGCAGUGCAGUUGAUCCCCUCUUCAACAUUUGCUAACGAUGCUCAUCGAUCCUCGUCUCCUGUAGGCAUUUUACCUGCCAAAGCACCACUAACACAGUGGGUUGUAUCACCUGCCGACAAAAUCAAAUAUGAUGAGGUUUUCCUGAAAACUGAUAAGGACAUGGAUGGUUUUAUCUCUGGUGUGGAAGCCAGAGAGUUAUUCUUGAAGACAGGACUGCCUUCUAACAUACUUGCACACAUCUGGGGCCUCUGUGACACACAGGACUGUGGAAAGCUUUCAAAAGAACAAUUUGCCUUGGCUUUCCAUUUAAUUAAUCAGAAGUUAACAAAGGGCAUUGAUCCUCCUCAGAUUCUGACUACAGAAAUGAUCCCUCCAUCAGACAGAGCCAGCUUACUGAAGAGCUCUCUAGGACUGACUCCGGUGGCAGAUUUUUCUGCAAUUAAAGAGCUUGAUACUUUAAACAAUGAGAUAGUUGAUCUGCAGAGGGAAAAGAAUAAUGUGGAACAGGAACUGAAGGAGAAAGAGGAUACUAUCAAACGGAGGACAAAUGAGGUCCAGGAUCUUCAAUGUGAAGUGAAGAGGGAGAGCAGUAAUCUGCAGAAGCUGCAAGCUCAGAAACAGGAAGCACAGGAAAUCCUUAAUAGCCUCGAUGAGCAAAAAGCCAAGUUAGAGGAGCAACUUAAUGAUAUCAGGCAGAAAUGUGCUGAAGAGAUCCAUUUGAUUGCCUCACUGAAGGCUGAAGUAACGAGCCAGGAAUCCAAGAUCUCAGCAUAUGAGGAGGAACUGACCAAAGCUCAAGAGGAGCUGAGUCGCCUGCAGCAAGAAACUGCUGAGCUAGAGCAAUGCGUAGAGUCAGGGAAAGCACAGCUGGGACCUCUUCAGCAGCAUCUGCAGGAUACACAACAGGAAAUCAAUUCAAUGGAAACAAAACUGUUUGAGCUGAAAGAAUUGGAAAAUAACCAAUUUAACUGGCACACUCAUCCACACAACCUACUCGUUAAUGGAACUGCAGAUCACUCUAGCCUUAGCAACAGCAGCAGUGAAGCUGCUAACCUUAAUGAGAAUGCUGAAAGGGAGAGUUCAGCAGAAGCUGAACAAAUAAACCACGAGUCUCCAGUAAGGAAUAGCCCUGAAACAACAAAUGCUGCUAUUGGAGAAGAGAAAGAGACCCUGACUGCAACUGUUAACAAAAAAGAAGAUCCAUUUGCUACAGAAUCUCAUCCUCUGCCUGAUCAAGUUACAGAAGCCAAUUUAGACUUCUUCCAGUCUGACCCCUUUGUUGGCAGUGAUCCUUUCAAGGAUGACCCUUUUGGGAAAGUUGAUCCCUUUGGUGGUGAUCCCUUCAAAGAUUCAGAUCCUUUUGCAGCUGACUCUUUUUUCAACCAGUCCUCCACUGAUCCUUUUUUGACUGCAGCGACUGACCCUUUCAGCACAACAGGCGACAGCAACAAUCCCGCAACAGAAACACUGAAGAGCAAUGAUCCUUUUGCUCCUGGUGGAACAGCUAUUCCUGCACCAAAUGAUCUAGCUACAGAUCCCUUUUCCUCUCUAUUUGGAAACGAGUCAUUUGGAAGCAGUUUUGCUGACUUUAGCACACUGUCAAAGGCCAACAAUGAAGAUCCCUUUAUUUCCUCCACAUCAAGCUCUGUAAACAAUGUGGUCAUAACUAAAAAUGUAUUUGAGGAACCACCAGCGAAAAAUGAGGAUAUUCCUCCUGCUUUGCCCCCCAAGACUGGAACUCCUACAAGACCCUGCCCUCCACCACCUGGGAAAAGACUUAUCAACAAACUGGAUUCUUCAGAUUCCUUUAAACUGAAUGAUCCAUUUCAGCCAUUCCCAGGCUGUGACAUUCCCAAAGAACAAGAUGAUGAUCUAUUUUGUGACCCAUUUGCUCCCAGCAAUAUUGCUAAAGAGACAGACACCAGUAAUUUUGCAAACUUCAGUGCUUAUCCUACUGAAGAAGACAUGAUUGAAUGGGCUAAGAGGGAAAGUGAGAGAGAAGAAAAAGAGAGACUUGCAAGAUUAAAACAACAAGAGCAAGAAGACUUGGAGCUGGCUAUUGCACUCAGUAAAUCUGAAAUAUCAGAAGCAUGAAGAUUAGAAUAACCGUGUCUUAUGUCAACUGUUUUGUCCCUUUUCCUGAAUACUUAACCUAUUUAAAAUGUUAAUCAGAAGCCACCUAUGAACAGGGAAGUACGAAAGGUUUUAAAUUCCUGCAAGUGUGAUUGAAUAUUCACCUUUAUAUUUUUGUCCCAUUCUGAUUUGUAAGGUUCCUAAAUUUCUUCUUUAAGCUUAGCAGACAACUAAUAGAGUGCUGCUCCCAUGUGCAUUCUCCUUGAGCUUUUAGCCUGUUAUUUUUAUUCUGUAAACCCAGGACACCAAAGUGUCUUUAUGUAAUACAGAAAGAUAAGGCAGACUUCAUCUCCUUAAAAAAACUGGUUGUCAUUCUGGUGAUGCGUGAAGAUAUCUUCAUGAACACUUGUAAUUCUGUAAGACUGAAGUUCAGAGACAAGCAGAUAUUGUCUCAAUCAAGUUCCUUGGUGAAAGGGGCACAGUACUGAAGAUAAAGGGGAAUGCGUGCAUUUCUAUAUUUUGUACCCUUUGUGUACAGGGCUGAGUCAUUUAUAAAAAGAAAUGUUAACAAAAAACAUUUUAGCUUCUGUACAGAUUGUGUGCUGUCUCAUAAAGAAGCUAGAGCCUUUUACUAUAUAUUACUGUAUAAAAGGUAUGUGGACAUUUCUGCUGAAUUCCGUCUUUAGUUAUUUUUGGAUUUGAAUAAUCUCAUUUUAGCAUUUAUCCUCUCCCAGAAGACAUGUUUCAGGAAAGUAAAGCACAUUUCCUACCUGUAAAUAAAUCCAUUUAUAAUGCAGGUAGUGAGACUAUGGUUUAAGUAUAAUCUGUCAGCAAUUAUGAUUGAGCAGAAGAUGAAAAUGGCAAUUACUCUGCCUCACUGACCCUUUCCCACCAGGGUGUUACAGUUAUUUGAAACCUUUUGUACUUUUUCAGAGCAGACUUUAGUAAUGCUGGAACUGUAGAGUGCUUUAUUUUAUAUGUAUACAUAUGUAUUUUCUUUUUAAUGAAGGUUCUACUGCUGGACUUGAAAUUUAAUUGAUAAUAUUCAGCGUGCAAGUGGUAAAGAUUGUGUAUCUUAUUGAAACCUUAAUUGCUUUUUUGCAUGGUCAUGAGAUUGGCAGGCAGAUCUCACAUUCUGGGUGGGUUUUUGUUGUAACAUAGAAUAACUAAAUGGAUAAUUCACAUGAAUUUACUGCUGGUCAAAAUGUCUCAAAUUCUGGAAGCCCCACUGCUAAUUGAGCCAAUAUACAACGAAACUGGCAAUUUGACAAGUUUGAAUUUGAGGUAGGAUAGAGAAGAGAGUAGGAUGCAUAAAGGCAUAGUUUAACUUUAUACAACAGUCUUUUUCUUUACAUGUAAUUUAUUGAAUGCCAACUGAUAGUUGCACCUUAUUAAAAAAAAAAACUGAUAUAUAAUUCUUUAUGGUCACUGAGUCAAAGUAGGUUGAUAAAAUGUUAAUGAAAGUAACUUAUUGCCUGUUGUGUAAAUGUAAUCCAUUCUGCAGAAUGUCAGAUUCAUUUAAGUCAUUCCCAAUGAUGCUUCUUUCACUCUAUACACGUACAGCUGGACUGCAGCAGCAUACAAUCCAUUUUCUUUCUUGCACUUUUUAAUUUGGUGUAUUUCUCCCUGAGACUAGAAGUGUUUCAAGACAAAAAAAACUUGUGUGAAGCAAGGGAUGACUCAUUAGCCACACUUUGAGUUGGUUUAAAGAGUUCCAGUUAGCUAGGGUUGCUGCUGCAAAAGCUUUAGAAGAGGGCAGUUUUCAUUCUUUCAGGAAAAUGGGUGACUUGACUUGGACAACUUUUCUUUUGCACUGGGAAAUGAGCAUUUGAAACACCCGCUCAAAAAAGUAUCUUAAAGAAACCUCAUGCAAGUAUUAAAUAUCCAUAUUUAUCUGUAUGACCUUUGUAAUAAGUGUACACUAAUCUUGCAUAUUGUAUGCUUAACUGGACUACACAGAUUCUUAUCUUUUGUUAAAAAUGUAUACUCAGUGGACCAAUACAAUAUUAUGUGUAUAUAUUAUAUAUAUUCAUGCUUUCCUGUGUGGAAUUUAAAGUUUUGAGUCAUUUGAUGUUAAAUUUCAUGUUACUGACUCUGACUACAGUACCUUUAUUUGAAGAUUACCAAUAAACCACUGCUGUGAGCUAAAUGGCAUUACUUAUGAAGUUUAACUAGCUUUUUAAAACUUGGCCAUAUGGGGUUAGCCUCUAUUUAUAGACUUUUCUUUUGUUUAAAAAUUCUAACAGUAGCCUGUAAUUAUGAAGAAAUAAAGUUUAAAUACAUAA